AUAUAUUCAGUUCCAUUUGUGUAUUCAAGAUGUUGGUGGAAGCCGCGAUAUUGUUAGCCAGUUUGGUUUUACUCGCAACUUUAUUCGUGAAGUACAAAUACGGAUACUGGAAGAGAAGAAAUGUGCCUUAUUUGGAACCAACGUUUCCCAUUGGAAAUAAUACGAGCUUCUUGCCGAAAGGAAUAUCAAUUGGAAUAAUAUCUAAUUAUUUCUAUAAUGAAUUCAAAAAGAGAGGGUUGAAAGUGGGCGGAGUUUUCUUGGGAAUGGAUCCACAGUUGGUACUCGUGGACCCCGAAUACGUGAGGACCAUUUUGAUCAAGGACUUCAACAGCUUCGUGGACCGUGGAAUCUAUAUGACUAAAAACGAUCCAGUCACUGUAACUUUGUUUUCCCAGAAGGGCCAAGACUGGAAGAAUUCGAGGAAUAAAUUCACCAGCGUCUUCACAUCAGCAAAAAUUAAAUCAAUGUACGAUACUUUGAAAGGAUGCAGUACAAAUAUGAUAUCAACAUUGGACGAGAGCGCAGAAAGAAAUCUUGAUGUUGAUGUUUUGGAAAUUAUGGCUCGUUUCACUACUGAUGUAGUUGGGUCGGUGAUCUUUGGGGUGGAAUGCAACUGUUUCAAAAAUCCAGAUGCGGAAUUCCGAAGGAUCGGAAAACAUCUCUUCGAUGAGUUUACUUUGAUGGAUCUGUUGAAUUUGUUCGCGACGAUAUUUUUCCCCAAUAUGGCAGGGUUAUUGGGAAUUUCAAAUAUACAACCCGACGUAUCGAAGUAUUUCAGUAGAAUCAUCAGAGAGACGGUGGAGUACAGAGAAAAAAAUAAUGUGGUCAGAAAAGACUUUCUAGAUCUAUUGAUCCAAUUGAAAAACUCGGGACAACAAAUUACUGUGGAGGAUAUAAUCGGACAGUCUUUCAUAUUUUUCGCUGCUGGAUUCGAAACCUCUUCUACCACCAUCACGAUGACAUUGUUCGAGCUGGCACAGAAUCAAGAGGCCCAGGACAGAGUGAGAGAAGAAGUGAUUAACUGCUUGGAGAAAGAUAACAAUGAUCCGACAUACGAAACAAUCAUGGAAAUGAAAUACCUUGGGCUAGCUGUAGACGAAACUCUGAGAUUAUGGCCCCCGGUGACAACCCUAACAAGGGUGUGUGUGCAGGAUUACAAGUACCCAGAUGGUGACUUCAGCGUUGAAAAGGGAAGAACCGUAAUCAUCCCAGUUCUGGGACUGCAUAGAGAUCCUGACUAUUUUCCAGAUCCGUUGAAAUGGAAUCCAGACCGAUUCGCCGAUAAAAAUCAGAAAUCCGUCGCGUAUUUCCCGUUCGGAGAUGGACCUAGAAACUGUAUUGGUAUGCGAUUCGGAUUGAUGCAGGUGAAACUAGGUUUAGCAAUCCUCCUGAAGAACUACAAAGUUUUUCCAAGUCCAGCCACUGAAACACCACUGGAGAUCGAUCCAGACACCUUCGUUAUUCAUACCAAACAACGUGUAUAUUUGAAGUUUGAAAAAAUUUAGACUUGUCACUUUUGCCAAUUACGCAAGUUGUAACCAUCAUGCAGUUAUCAUUCUGGAAUGGAUGAAACUUAUCCAAAGUGUUGUAAUAUAGUUACCAGUAGG